UCACCAAGCCAGAAACGUUCGCCGAUUGUAUCGGAAAUGAGCUUCCCUUCGGCUGGGAGGAAGUUUACGAUCCCCAGAUCGGGACGUACUACAUUAACCACAACUCGCAGUCGACCCAGCUCGAGGAUCCCCGGCUGGAGUGGAAGAGCAAGCAGGAGGAGAUGCUUCGCGAGUAUCUCUGCUCCGCACAGGACACACUGGAGGCCAAGAAGGAGAUCUUCAACGUGAAGACGCAGCGGCUGCAUCUGGCACAGGAGGAGUACAACCACCUGAACGCACUGGCCGCCAGCAGGACUAGUUUAUGUUCUUCAACAAGCUCAUGUAGUACAAAGUUCGAUCCCGAACUGUUGCGAGCGGACCUCGCACUAGCCAAGGAGCGCGUAUUUCGGCUCAAGAAGGAGCUGUCGCGGAUACAGAAAGAAAUGCAUAAUACUCAAAAAGGUGUCGAUACUCUUUCGAGUGUUGAACAAAAGUUAAAUUCUCACAUCAACGGCUGCUACAAUAUAACCGAGGCGCAGGCCAUACUGGAGGAGGUGAAGAAGAUUCAGAAAUCGCUCAUCACCGGCGAGAAGGAGAAAAAAGAGUUGAUGAAGAGCCUGGCGCAGGUCAAGGACGAUUUGACGCGGUUGCAACUGCGACAGGAGAGUCCAGAUGCCUCUACAUUCAACCUGGCACAGGACCGAGUGUGUGCGGCUUCGCAGACAGAUCUGUCUUCGGAAAAUUUUCCAAUGGGAGCCCGGGAGAUGGCAAAAAUGCGCCAACGGUACGACGAAUGGCGAAAACGGGUUAAAGAGAUACAGGAAAAGCUUGCAGCGCUCGAGGAAAAGAUACGGCCCGGUGAGGUUGAGUCCGACCAGGACCGAUUACUGCUGUUCCAGGAAAAGAAACAACUUCUGCUGGAGUAUCGAAGUAUCACACCCAAGUCUCGAUCACAAACCGAGAUGAAGAGGAUACAUACGGUAUGCAAGCAGCUCGAGGCGGACUUGAACAUGGCCUACGAGGAAUCUAAUCAGUGCAUAGCGAACCGACUGAAGCUUCACGAAGAGAAACAAGCAUUGCUACAGCAACUUUUGGAAGCUCUCAAAGAAUUCACCCACCUUGAGAACCAACUCAAGUCUCUAUCUGCUAGUACGUUAUCUAUCAGUAGCAGCUCUAGCAUAGGAUCGUUGUCGACAGCAAGUAGUAAAGGAUCGCUUAGCGGACUUAGUUUCACCGAUAUCUACGGUGAUCCACUUUCGACCGAACCGCAGAUCGAUAUGGUAGACAUCAAUCGCCGAGUGCAGCGACUGUUCCAUCCCAGCUCGGAUGUAUCGUUAUCACCGCGCAGUAGUCUAUCUCUGGAAACUCCACCAGCCUCUCCAAUGAAAAUGGAAUGGAACGGUGGAGAAGCGCCGUUCAAGAGUUCCGCUCCGUAUAACGUGCCUGGUCCAAGCUACGGAGCCGAGUACAACCUGGACAAACAGAGGUUAGAGGAACAGUUGCAGGAUCUGAAGAUCCGACAGCUUGGGAUAGCUCCACUCUCACCGAUCUACGAGAAACCAUCGUAUCUAGAUAUCCCACCGGCCGUCAUACUGAGUCGCUCGUCUUCCACGUCUAAUACGCGAUCCGUAUCCACGACGGUUAGCGACGAAUCAGUCGCCGGUGAUUCCGGAGUGUUUGAAGCGUCUCGUGCUCUGCUUACCAACAAAGAAUGCGCACAGGUCCAGAUAGGACUUCGGUAUACUGUUGCAGAUAGCACUCUAUGCAUAACAAUAGAAAAAGGCCGGAACCUAACGGCGCUCUGCUUGCCCGAUGGUUGUCAGCUGUUCAUCCGAGCUAUUCUACUACCCGGAACGGCCAGCCCUUUCAUCCGUACUAACGCCGUGACGGACUUUGUGAAGCCGGUCUUCAAAACAAUGCUGGUGGCGCAGAUGCCACUGGAGAAGGUUUACACCAAAUCGCUGCAUGUGAAAGUGAUGAUCAUUGUCGGACAACGUGAGGAUUGGGUAGGAAGUUCGCAAAUUAGUUUGGCGGAAUUUAUCCCGACGGAUGCCACCAGCAAAUGGUACAAUAUUAUAAGUAGGAAAUCAAUGAACGAGUCGGAAUCGCUUGACGGUUUCAUCGGAGCAGGGGGAAUCAAGGAAGAGUCGUCGGAUGACUCAACGAUUAACUCAUCGCAGACGUCGACCCUAACACGGAAUCAGGGUCAGGAAGAGCUACAGGCUGUGCUGGAAAUGGUCUACGAUGACCUGGCACACGAGGAAGGCGAGGAUGAUGACGAGGAGGAUGAAAACGAAGAUGACGAGGAAGAUGAAAAUGAUAAAGAAGCCAACGAUCAAGCUGCCACACAGUUGAUGCUGGAGGAGUACAUGAACAGCGUCAAGGGUACGCUGGCUACCGAAGGCGAUGGUGAUGAUGAGGCAGCGAUGGCGGUGGAAAAAGCUGACAAGGAAACCAAUACAGAAUGUGCCUUUCUGCCGGAGAAAGGGCGGCGUCGGUUGAAUGAUGCGGCUCGCAGUAGUAACAGUACGAUCGAGGAGAACUCCGUACUGGAUGAUCGACUCGUGAAGCGGUCGCAGACUUUCUCGCCAAGUGCCGUUGCCAGCAAAUCGCGCUACAUAUGCCGCCUGAACCGAAGCGAUUCGGAUUCGGCCAUGCACUUCAACAAUCCCGUUACGCCGCAUCCGUUCAGACGUGGGGCAGUAGAACGACGAUCGCUGAGAUAUCACAGCCGAACGCCCAAGGUUUACCAUAAAAUGCAUCCUGCCGUCCCUCGUACUAGUCUGGAUCUGGAACUGGACCUGCAGGCGCAACAGAGUAAGCUGGAAACGCUCACCGACGAGAUUAGCCGGUUGCGAGACCUGAAGAAGCGUUUGGAGCUGGCGAGAGACAACAACGACGUUAAGGUGGCAGCAUGGGCGCUGGAGAACGAGGAUUUCCUGAAGCUGAUCAAGAACGCUGGCAGUGCGACAACGCCGGAGGAGAAGCACAUGGCCAAACUGUUGCACAAAACCUCCAAGGAGAUAUACAAGCUAAGGAAAACCAAAGCCGGCAAGGGGAAGCUGGAUCUGAUUUCGUUCAAGGAAAAGAUGGCCUUCUUCACCCGCCGAGGUGUGUCCGUGCCGGAGCUUCCGGCCGACAUCCAGCAGCAGGAUGACAGCGAAGAGCUGUGCUCAAGUUCGUGCAAUUCGCCUACCAAGUGCGAGGAGGCUAACCCGCAAGUCGGUCCGUCAAAGCCAUUCGAUCCGUCAGCAGCCAAGGCCGGUCCAUCGGGCAGUUCGACGAAGCUGGAAUUUUCCUACAAUGAUGUGGACCGGACUUAUGGUGUGGAAGUGUGAGCGGGAAGCUGGAUCCCCCCAUCUCUCCCCCAUAACUGGAAAGGACCGACAAUCAAACAUGACAAUUUUCGUGUACAGGAAAAUAGCCUGCUGGCCGUGACGGUCACGUUUCCCCAUAAGGGACCGGACCAGUCACCGAAACACGCUGAAAGGUAUUUGUUUGUUUAGAAUAUUCUAGAAGCCAACUUUGUGCUUUGUUCUGCGAACCAAAGCUCUACGUGCAUUUACUUUAUAAGAUUUUUACGGAACCGUUUUGUUAGUUUGAGGGUCAAUUGUACAUAGUGAGUUAGUAGUAACGUGGUAACAUAUUUUGAGGCAGAUAGGAUGCUUGCAAUUUUAGCCAGUGAGCGUGUGUGAGUCAUCGAGUAUGUGAAGUUUUAACCAACGGGAUAAAUCGGUUAUACGAAUAGGUAUUCAAGCAUGUCUAACGAGAAGCAAACGUUUGUGAAGUCAAGCUAAAGUGCAAUAAUUGUGUAAAUAUAAAAAGAAACAUAUUUUAACGUUCUAA